ACGAAAGGAAGCUUCUUGUUUUGUUCAAUGCAAGACUGCAGCUGACGUGUUGUAGAAAAUGGAGAAAAUCAUCGUGACCAACAAACCUAAACUCAUCAGAUGGCUUAGUGUGGAUGCGACUGAUUUAUUGCAGCAUGUUCAGUCAAAAGGGAUUAUAAAAACGGAGGAGUACAACGAUCUGAUGUCCGUGAGUUCAUCUAGGAGCAUAGUUAUCAACCUUUUGGACUUACUCAUUGGAAAGGGGGAAAGUACGUGUCUAACAUUUCUGAAGUUACUGAAAGAAGAUGAUGUGAAUGAAAGUUUUCCUGAGCUUAGAGAGUGGAUUAAAACAGUGGACACUUCGGUGAAUGCAGACAUGAAUGGAAGUCCAAGCCUCAAGCCACCAGGCACCAGAGUAACAUGCAAAAUCUCUGCACCCAAGUGCAGUGAUGUAUAUACAUCUACCAUAGCAGAUUCAAGCACAGGCUCCAUUGUACUUAAUGCAACGACGGUAACACUUGGCAGAUCAGACUACCAGAAAGCUGAAAGAGAUUGGGGAAGAAGAGGAAUUGGUGACAGAUCAAUACAAGAUUGCCAUAAAUUUCUAAAAGCAAACACCAGUGCAUUGGUUCAAAAUGUGAAGGCGAUUGAUCCAAUUCUUGAUGAUCUUAACUUGCAUAAAGAAUCCACUGCAAAUGUGAGAGCGAAGACAACAGAUCAAGAUAAGAUGAGGAAACUGCUUGACUGUGUGAAUUGUGAAAGCAUUGCUAAGAAGCUGGUUGAUGCUUUGUUCGAGCAUGAAGAAGAUCUAAUGAAGGAAAUCAUGCAGUGGUUGUAUGCUCGUUAACUACUGGGAAAUGUAAUUCAUCUUUUUUCAAGCAAUACAAAAUUGAAGUUAGUCCAGGGGCAGAUGGAAUAAGAGGUAGAGCACUGAAGCUGUUUGCUGAAGAAUUGGGUCUAAUUUUUAUUUGUAUAUUUUAAAUUGGUCUUUGCAGGUCCAUUAUGUACCUCACCACUGGAAACAGUCUUUUAUCAUUCCAGUACCAAACCAUAACCUCACUUGUAAUUAAAGUUUUUGAAAAAAUAGUAAUAGAGGUAUAAUUCAGGGUGUUCGCAGGGUCUUAAAAAGUCUUAAACUUCUAAAACAAACUUUUAGCCCUUAAAAACUCUUAAAUUCACUGAAAAACUGUGUUGUAGAUCUUAAAUCAUUUUAAACAGGUCUUAAUUGUUCUGUGUCUAAGUAAAACUACCCAAUCUGGGGUGCUUUUUCCAUACAACGACAUAACUUGUGGCUGAACUAUCACAGUGCGAUGCAUCGUUUGAGAAAAGAACGAUGUAAUGAGGAGUAUUUCCCAAAACCAUAGCUGCUUUUGGAGACGUAACAAAAAUUCCACUUUUAAAUAUUAGGUCACCUACAGCUUUCAUCAUGAGCCACAGCUGUGUUCAAAAUUGCAUAAACGUUUUCAAAGUGCACUAUGAAGGGAAAGCAAUUGUCAAUAUGAGGAUUGCUAAAACUGAACUGUAAAAAUAAUUUGAAAGCAAAUUACAUUUUAAGAGAGAUGACUUUAAUGCUUUUAAAAAAAAAAUCAUUCCAAGUUUAAAUGUUCGAACGUUCCAAAGGAAUAGGGCACAGGGGGGAUAACUGGGAAUAGAACACCGUCAGGAACUAUGCUUCUAACUACAGCUCUAGAGGUGUAGUUGCAGUCGUACAAGUUUGUGACGCAGUUUGUGAAUGUUCGUUGGAACGAUGGAUUUGGGAAACGCCAAAUCAGCUAACUAUGUUUGUAUCGACUGAACUUGCGACCUUAGUUUGCUAACGAUGCUUUUCAGGAAACGCACCCCUGGUCGACACCCAAUCACCUAUAAUUCAUAUUAAAACUUUUUUAAUAUGUAUAUAUUUAAUUUUUUUCUUGCAAAGAGAUACAAUUCACAACAGCUGUUAGACAUUUUUACAGCAAAUUCUCCUAAUUAAAUUCCCUAAAAGAAACCUAAAACAACACAUCCCUGCACAUUUUCCAUGUCUUCUUAACCAAACACAUCUGAUUCAGAUCACCAGGUCAUUAGCCAAGACUGAAAGACACGUAAUGUGUGUUGGCAGACAAAGGAGACAUCCAAAACAUGCAGUGUUGGUGCUCCUCCAGGAAUGUGGUUGAGAAACACUGCUUUACAUGAUCUCCAUUAAUACAAAAACUAUUUUGAGAAGUUAGCGGGCCAUUGAAAAAUCCUUAGUGUUUAGCCCUGUAUAAGUCUAUAAUUUCAAUCAUUAUAGUCCUUAAAGCGUCUUAAAAUGUCUUAAAUUUGAUCAGAAGAAACCUCGAUCCAUUGCAAUUUGCCUAUAGAGCUACCUAUAGAGGAUGCGGCACUGACCUUACUGGACCUGGUGUAUAAACAUUUCUAAGUUAGUAACAAUCCUACUAUUAUUUGUAGAUUUUUGUAUGGCAUUCAACACAGUUCGCCCAAACUCGUUGGUUCACAAGCUGAGGUUGAACUUUGGUGUGGAUGCAAGUAUGACUGCUUGGUUACUGGAUUUCGUUACUAGGUCUCAGGGGGUUAGGGUUAUUAGCAUUCUUUCAGACCCUAUAACUAAAUCUACUGUAUGGGCUCACUACAGGGAUAUGUUCUUUCUACUCUAUUUUACAUCUUAUUGACCUUAUUCUUCACGUAGGAGUGGGCGCAGCCAUUGGAAUCUUUUUGGCUCAAAUAUUCCGGUCUUAUUCACUUCAGUUGAUUUUUAGACGUUAAAAACAGCUCGUUCGGCUGCUUGACGUUGCAAACUGAUAUUUUCUUAUGAUAUUAUGCUCCUCUUUGUUCAUAGUUAUGAACACAAUUUUUUGUAGAGCAAGCGUUUUGAGCAUUUAUUAUUCCUAGUCAAUUCUCCCACAGGUGACUGAAUUAGAAGUUCUAAAACAAUCGUGAAAACGGGUGCACUUCUGCAUUGAAGAAUAAGGUCAAUGCACACGAGUGUCGCAGUCUCUUUGAAAAUCUGAACCUUUUUGAAUUUGCGGACGACACUGUUAUUGUAAGUUUGUUGGUUGUUGAGGAGAGAGACCAUGGUCCUGUAGUUAAGUAUUUUACAUAUUGGUGUCGAGAGGCUGUUCUACAUCUGACCACAGAAAACAAAGAAGAUGUGGAUCGACCUGCCGCGAAAGUAGUUUCAGCUAUAAAGAUUGAUAACCACCAGAUUGAAUUAGUCAAAAGUUAUAAAUAAAUAGGUUGCAUUAUUGAUAAUAAAAUACAUUUGAAUGAAAAUACUGAAAGACUAUGUAUAGUACAGGCCAACAAAGAUGUUAUUGUCUGCUGAUAUUAGCGAAGUUUAAUAUUGAUAGUACUCUGAUGCAGGGGCAUAGGAUUAACAUGGACAGAGGUGACGUGUCCCCACUAAAAUCCACUGACUUGAAAUCUCCUCACCAGUAAUUUAAUCUGUCAGUUCUCCUGAUCUCUCAGAGUAGCAUGUCGAAUUUCGGUUCUAGCUAUUGUUCAAAAACCUACCGCCUGUUCUUCACCUACUUUAAUUAAUACUGAUGUAUGAGACGCGUUUCAUUUGCACCAUGGCCAAAAAAACGUAAGUCUUUAUUAAACUCUUUCUUUGUCAGUUAAAGCAUUUGUUAACAUUACACAAAAUUAAAUAGCAGUGUUAAUGUUUAAGUGUUAAAGUGAUUCUGCAGCAAAUGAAAAAACAAUGUCAAGAGCAAAUUUACGCCCAUGCUCUGCUUUUUUCAUUUGGCUUAUUCAGAAUAGAUUCGAACCUUUUCACUGAUUUGUUGGUUUGCUUCUUUAAAAGUAAAACAGAAGAAUUCACUGUCUAAGGUUUUAAAAACCUGUAGCAAAGAAAGUAUUGGGGCGAAAGUGUCAGGGCUAACUAAUUUGUUUGAAAUUCAGGUGUUAAAGGAAGCUCAUCAGAUUACAUCGGACAUAUCCAAUCCUCUGUUUGAUUCAUUUCAAUGUUGGUAUAGGGUUCCUUUGACAAGGACCAACAGAUUGAAAUUUUCAUUUGUUCCUUGUGCUAUUGAUUUGCUAAAUUUUAAUGGGAAGAGGUCUGUUUUUACUACUAUAAAUGCAGCUUGAUCUUUGUCUUAAGUGUGGCAUGGUAUGUACUGUAUGUUUUAAAUCUAUUACGCUGCAGAAGAAAUCGCCCCAAAAGGGCAGAAUAAAGUUUACAGUAAAUUUUGAUGUACCAGUAGAUUAAAUAUGUCUAGUUGGGCCUAAGUAUUGUGUAACUCAGUUUAGCAUAAAACACAGAAACAAUAGUGUUAUGCACUGUCUAUGGAGGGAACAUAGCACUAACACUUUUUUACGUUAUCAAAAACUCUUGUUUUCUAAAAACUCUCUAUAUAUGUUUUUAUUAUUGAGAACUGUUUUGAACAAUCAGAUCAGCGGUGUAUUGACUGUCAUUGAAAAAUGAAGUUUUUCAUUUUGUGUUUCUUUAUGGUCAUACUAAAUUGCUCAAUAAGCACAUUUCCAUCCAUCUGAUCUUGUGAAUUUGAAAAAGAAAUAAUUACAAUAAUGAAAUAAAUGU